CCCUAUCCAGAUCCCCUCCACCCCCGCCUCCCUUAUACCUCCUCUCUUCUCUCAACCCACUCGCCGUCGGCCCUGCUGAACAGCAGCGGAGGGGCCAUGGCGACGAACAAGCGACCCGCCGCGUCCGUUGACCCCUACGUCGAGCUCGCCUACUCGCGCGGCCCCUCUCCCCCUUCUGCCUCCCCCGAGCCCCCGCCUCACUCUUCUCUUCUGGGACGUGGUGUUCUCGCGCUCGGCGUGGGGGCCUGCGGCACUGACGCUGUCGACGACAAGGAGCUCCACCUCGUGCAUCACAAGGACGGCCAGCGCCACAUCAAGGGCUGUGAACCUGUGAUGCAUCGGUGGACGAAUCUGGUUUACGAGAAAGAGUCAUAUGCGAGCGCUUUGUUUUCUUCUUUCAGGGUGCCUCCUACAGAUACAAGUACAUGCUCAGGUCAGGUAUAUAUGUUUGUUUCUUUGUCCACCGGUUAGACUAAAACUUCUUUUAGUAGGGUAAAUCUAAUAUUUUGUGGUAACUGUCCAGAGAAAAAAAUGGAUGGAGUGAGUUGAGUUGCAAUUCCUACAAAGUAAAUAAUAGAAAUUAUAAUAAAGUAUUGGUUCAACUAAAACAUUCACAAUUCCUUUUGGGAUUCUUCGGAUCCAAAUCCUAACCAGUCCAUUUGGUUAACACAAAUGGAUUACUGAAAUGAAUAUGCAAAAAAAAAUCAGAGAUGAUGACCUUGGGAUUGACAAUGCAUUGUCAUCAAAUAGACACUGCGGCCACUAUCGUAGAGGGCGGAAAGGAGGAUAAGCGACACCAAUGGGAUGCCAUGUUUGAAUAGAGAACAUGGAAUUGUGUGGGGAGAGGGUUAUCCUUUAACCAUUAAGCCAUGCUUGUUAGGCUAGGGGUAUGUAGUAUUUUUUUCUCCCGUUGCAACGCACGGGCCUUUUUGCUAGUAUAACUUUAACAGCUACAAUCUUGAGAAUUUUUUCCAUUCUUUUUUUGGCCCAUGCCUUCCACUAAUUUUCUGCACAACGAAGAUAUAGGCUACACACCUCCACAUGAUUUCUCUCUCAAAAAAAAAACCUCCACAUGAUUGCCACUCCAAACUCCAAAGGAUUUCCAGCCACAAUGUGUGGUCAGGAAGACAAGUCAAGUCAAGUGGAGCAUUAGGUACACGCUCUGCUGUGUAAACACACACACACACACACACACACACACACACACACACACAAAGAUACUUCAAUCCACUCCUUUAUUCUUGCUAGGAGUCUCGCUGCUCUGCCUCGCACGGUCACUGGAGUCUGGUCAACGGCAAGACUCUGGUAACUACGAACCCUUCCUUUAUUCUUGCUAUGGAGCUGUUGCUUGCUGAAUUUAGGCUUUGUUUUUUUUUCCGAUGAAGGGCUCUUAAUUUAGGCUUAGUUGGAAUAAUUCCUUGCAAUACUACUAUUUUUAAUUGUCAGUGCCUUCGAUGAUCCAUGCUACAUCUGCACACAUAUUUAUUAUGUGUGUUUAUAUUCUCAAAAAAAGAUGGCGUGUGUUUAUCUGUUAACCGUAUCGCAUAGCUAAGAUCGUAACAAGAUAUUGGUAGUUGUACGCUUUCUAAAAAGGAACAUAUUUUGCUCACAAAACUAAGAGACGAUCAACUUUAGGAAUUGCAACUUUAUAGACAAUACUAAUCUAGACUGGUAUCCAUGGUAACCAUGUGCGUUCCUGUACCAUUUAGUUUGUAUAGCCAGUGAGGAAUUAAGCAUAUAUUUUUGGCAUGAGCUCUUUUAAAUUGCUAGAUGAGAAGGAAUCUUAACUUAAUUGGUCUUGUGAAUUGUAAUAUACUAUUUGGUUGAA